AUGGCGGACUUGAAACCUCAUCUCAAGGGCGUCUUGCGGCCAGACUUCCAAUGGGGAUAUGCCACCGCCGCCGCACAAAUCGAAGGAGCUUGGAACGCUGAUGGAAGAGGUGAAAGCAUUUGGGACAAACUCGGCCACACACCCGGAAAAAUUAAAGACUCGAGCACCGCAGAUGAUGCUUGUAGAUCUUAUGAUUUUUACAAAGAGGAUGUUGCUUUGAUGAAGUCAUACGGGGUCCGAGCCUACAGAUUUUCUCUUUCCUGGUCUAGAAUUAUUCCCCUUGGAGGGAAAGACGACCCAGUCAACCCCAAAGGCAUCGAGUUUUAUAACAGCCUGAUCAAUGAAUUACUCGCAAACGGGAUUACCCCAUUUGUUACUCUAUUUCACUGGGAUAUCCCCCAGGCGUUGGAGGACCGAUAUGGGGGUAUGUUGAAUCUGGAGAAAUACACCCCAGAUUUUCUCCGAUAUGCGAGGGUCUGCUUCGAAUCAUUUGGAGACCGAGUCAAAAACUGGAUCACAUACAACGAACCCGGCGUCUACUCCCUAGCUGGAUACGCUGCCGGGGUCCACGCUCCCGGUCGUUCUUCCAACCGAGAACUCAAUGAAGAGGGGGAUUCGUCUACGGAACCAUUUAUUGUCUCGCACACGGAGCUGGUCUCUCAUGCGCAUUGUGUGAAGAUGUACCGUGAGGAAUUCAAGCCAACUCAGAAAGGCACUAUUAUGAUCACACUCCACGGUAAUUAUUCCGAACCAUGGGACGCAGAAGAUCCACUCGAUAUCGAAGCAGCCGAGAGAGCCCGGGAAUUUGAAAUCGCGUGGUUCGCCGAUCCUAUUUAUAAAACCGGCGACUACCCAGCCUCUAUGAGGGCGCAGCUUGGUGAUCGAUUACCCCGGUUUACAGAAGAAGAAUCAAAGCUUUUGCUGGGGUCCUCCGACUUCUAUGGUAUGAAUACUUAUACCACCUUCUACGUCAAGCACAAAAAGACUCCACCGGAGCUCACAGAUCAUCUGGGAAAUGUCGAGAAGCUUGAGAACAACAGCAAGGGAGUGAGCCGCGGAACUGAAUCGGAUACCUACUGGCUCAGAACAUGUCCUUGGGGUUACAGGAAGCUCUUGAACUGGGUGUGGAAUAGAUACCAUGUUCCCAUUUUUAUGACCGAGAACGGUACGACAGCAAAGGGCGAACACUUAGAUACGCCACCGGCAGAUCCCUUGAAUGACACCCACAGAAUUGAGUUUUUCAAUGGUUACUUGAAUGCGUUGGCAAGUGCUGUCAAGGAAGAUGGAGUUGAUAUCAGAUCUUAUUUCGCUUGGACAUUUACUGAUAAUUGGGAAUGGGCGGCAGGCUACACUGAUCGGUUCGGUGUUACAUGGAUUGACUAUAAGAGCCCGGAGAGGAAAAGGUACCCUAAGCGAUCAGCGGGUGUCAUCCGGGAACACUUUGAGCAUUACAUUGCAAAGGAAUGA